AUGAACAGUGCCGCCGUCGUCAGUCGAUUGAGCAGCAGCAGCGCGCUGGUCAGUCGCCAUGCGCAGACCGCCGCCACUGCGACGGUCCCGGCGAAGCUGAGUGCAGCGGAGCUGCAGCUGCCGAAAGGUUGUUCAAACGAGCGCUGGAUGUUGCCGGCGAACUUGCACCACUCGUUGCUGGCUCCGCGGAUUAGCGCGGAAGCGGUGGUUAGUGGAGACGAGCAGGAAGACGCGGAAGAUGACGAGGAACGAAGCUCGCAGAGCGACGGCGAUGAGUCAUGCUGCACGGCGAGCGAUUGUUCGUCCGAGGAGAUUCCGGUGUGGAUCAAGGGGGAGCAACGGUUCAUUUCGGGCGUGACCGAGGAAACGACCUGUGCUGAUCUCAUUGAGGCGUUGAUUCAACAGGAUGGUGUGGCGUUGGCCACGGCCGAUCCGAAGGAUUACUGCAUCACGGAACGGUGGCGGCAGGUGGAGCAGAUUUUGGAUGGUAAAACUAAAAUCUGGCAGAUUUGGUCUGCCUGGGGAAAGGAACAACCGGAGGUUAAAUUUAUUCUCCGCCGGGCGGAGGGAUCUCACGGGUUGGCCCUGGCGUCGACGUCUACUGCGAAGUCGAUCGGUGGAGCUUGCGGCGGUGCCCUUGGAUUAGGCGGCACCGAACGUGACAAAGACAGCGGCCGGGGCAGCCCGACCGGAAGCAUCAAUAGUGCAAUAGUGCGCCGGAAGCGGCACCGAGCGCAUAAAUCGUCGUUCGCUUGGAUGACCCACGGUACGACGAUUCAUCCGAAAUCGUCGAAAAACUCGAUCGAGCGUCUGAUGACGCUGAUUCUCGAGCAAGGCGACAUCAUUCAGCAGCAGCUGUCCAAGCUGAGGGACCGAGAGCUUCAGAUCAGCAAAAUCGAAGAGGAUCGGCAUCGCGUGAGGGAACGGGCACACGGCAAGAACUACCUCUUGGAGACGUACCUGAAGGGUCUGUCGGAAGCAACCGAAGUGGCGGACGGGAACGUCGCCGACAGUGGAAUAACAUCCGAAGCAACGACGGCAGCCUCGCCGGAGGUGGAAUCUUGUCGCGAUGCGGACUCACCGGCCGCUUCGGUGGAGAAAAAUACCGGCCUGAAGGACCAGAUUCGAAUGUUGGAGAAAAUUGUCCAGCUGAACAAGCAAAUUGUAAAGGAAGAGGAAAUGGCGGUGAAGCUUUACGAUCGGAUUAGACGUCAUCAGAUGGAUAUUCCCAAUCAGACGCCGGAACAGGUGGAGGAAAAUCUGUCCAAGGUUAAUGCGAGUAUCGAGAAGAACCAAAGUGAGCUGAAAAUGAUCGAUGAAUCCUUGAAGCAGUCCGAGCAAGUUCUCAGAGAGAAGAAUCUAUUGCUGCAAAGCCUUCAGGAGCAGUUGGACGAGGGCGAUGUGCAGCUGCAGCAGCAGCAGCCGCCGCAGGCGGACGUCAUAAUGGAUUUUUCCGCCCCGAAUCCAGUACUUAGCAUAAGCAGAGGCAGUCCAGCGGCCGUUGUUGAGCCCGUCGGAAUCGGCUUACCGAAGCAAACAUCAGCAGACGACAGUUACCCAAAGUAUACAAACAGUGACAAACCGGAGCUGGGCCAAAAUGCCAGCACUUUGCCGAGGAAUCAACGCUUCCCGGUGACGCCGCAGAGCGCUAUUCCUUCCAUUUCGGUUCACCAGAUCAAUAAAUUCAUCCAAUCCAACAGCAGACUGGGAAACAAUUGCAACACCAUGCUGGACGACAAGAUCUGUCCGAAGCAGUUGUUCAAUUCGGUGCUUGGAACGCAGCUAUCACCGCCUCCGGCGAUGUCUCCUGGCCUGGACACCCUGAACAGACCACCGGAUGAUGAUCUUUCGAACCUUGGAACGUUAGUUUAG